AAAUAGGCCAGGCCGUAUAUUCCCAACCCUAUAUAUGCCCAUACCUAUGAUGCAGUUUUAUAAGCUAUCUUCUUAGAAAACGAGAUUUUCAUUGUUCCACCGCGCCUCAUACCCGUUUGUCUCUUAUUCCCUUCAAGCCACCUAAAAUGACUAAGAGAACCAAGAAGGCUGGUAUUGUUGGCAAAUACGGCACCCGAUAUGGUGCUAGUUUAAGGAAGCAAAUUAAGAAAAUGGAAGUUAGUCAGCACAGUAAAUUCUUCUGCGAGUUCUGUGGAAAGUAUGCUGUUAAGAGGAAGGCUGUUGGUAUUUGGGGUUGCAAAGAUUGUGGAAAGGUGAAGGCUGGUGGUGCUUACACUUUGAAUACUGCCAGUGCUGUAACCGUGCGAAGCACCAUCCGUAGGCUAAGGGAACAGACUGAGAGUUAGAAUCCAGUUUACAAUUUUGUCAUUUUGUUUUGGAAGUCAUUUCAGAAACUUCGUACUUGUUUUACGAUUAUAUUUGAUUCCAGUAGUUAUUAAAGAACAAGACGUUUUGCUGGUUUUUGUUAAGUGUAUCUGUGAUGCUGUUUUAGAUUCUCAAAUGCUAUCUAGUUUUUCGGUUUCGCUUCA